ACCAGCAGAUAUAUAUAAUUUGGAUCAACCUCAGCAAAGGCAGACUGCUACAAUACCCUGAAAGACAUGGAGCAAAGCAAAGCUGUCCUGAUGGAGAGACCACCCGUCUAUUCAGAGUUGCCCAUUCCCAGCAUCCCAUGUCUUGGUGGAGUUAAGAAGCUUGUCUGCGUGGUCCUUGUGGUGGUGGUCCUUGUGCUGGUUCUGGUUGGGGUUCUGCUGAUGGGGCUACACAUGAGUCAAAAACACACAGAAACGAUUUUUCAGAUGUCUCUGCAAGAAGGAACCGGCUCUGGGAUCCAUGGGACAGGAGCGGCAACUUUUCACCUGGAUACAGGAAUCAAUUCCUCUGCCUCUGUUGUGUAUGAUUACAGCAAGCUGCUGAUUGCCACCCGCCCCCGCCCUGGACAUGCAUGCUACGUCACACCAAUGGAUCCGGAACAGGUUCAAAGCCUUGAAACCAUUGCAGAAAGUGUGCUCAGCAAGAUAACCUCUAAUGACUCCAUGAAGCUUGUGACCGACCACUCUCUGCUGGGCACAACCAUUAAAGUCCUGUGUGGAAGCCUGCCUGUUUACUGGACUUAAUAGCCUUCAACUUUACACAAAUUGAUCCUUCUGUCUUUCCCUCCUACAUAACAAUGUGAAGAGCCAUAUGCUAUAAAAACACUUCCAAUGCCUCAAACACAUAUGGAUUUUCCUCUCAAUAAAUGAUGAGGUCACCAAAUUACUUGUUCAACACAGGGAAAGUGUCAAACGUUUAUAUGUUCGCCCUGGAUUUAUAGUCAUAUUUAGAGUCAAGGCAUACAGUCAAAUUCGGGGAGAUCAGUUGCCCCGCAACAAAUCUCCUCUUCUUCGGGGCGACUAAUCUCCCUCUAAUCUGCCUCCCCUGCCUUCCCUUGCUAAAAUGUAAAUCACCGGUGGAAUGGCACUCGGCAAAAUUCAUUUUCCGAAAUCGCCCGAAGUUGCCUCACGAGGCAGGGUAGGCAGUUCAGGGGGAGAUUAGUCGCCCCCAAAGAAGAGGAGAUUUGUCGCCGGGCGACUAAUCUCCCCGACUCUGCCUGUGUGCCCUGACCCUUAGAGUUCAUCUUUUAGGAUACAGAGAUACAAGAGAUAAUAUCCUAGUCAGCACUUGAUACAGCUCUGCCUUGAGUAGGAAAUAUCAUCUUUACCCUUUUCUAUCUUGUUGUUUCCUCCAGAACCCAUCCGAAAUGCAUGACAUGGCAUCUUCACCCUUAUCAUAGCAUGUUCCUUAAUUACAGAUACAUCUUAUUGUAACAUCCAUCCUACACCCUCUGUGUAUUGUCUUUCUUACAUAGACUUGUCUCCCUGUUCCUCAAAACAGCAUACCUCCCAACUGUCCCUUUUUCGGAGGAACAGUCCCUCUUUUGACAGCUCAACCCGCAGUCCCUCAUUUGUACUGGAAAGUCCCUCUUUUCUCUGCACUGAACAGCCAGAAAAAGAAACAAAGUUUCUCACUUAAUUGGCUUUUAGCAGAGAGCCCAGAACAGCUAACAGGUGCAAAUAAGAUACUUUGUAACAAUUUUGAGACACAAAAACACAGUUUAGAUAAGGAGAAAUAUUUUCAAACUUUCAUAACCUGCCAAAUUUUGUAAAACAAACAUGGUAAUUAGGGGGUGUGGCCACAGAAAGGGGUGUGGUCAAAAAAUUGCUUCGCUACGUGCGGGGAAACAUUUUUUGUCCCUCUUUUUACUUCCAAAAUGUUGGGAGGUAUGAAACAGUUCAAGUGACAGACCCACCACUCAGAGCACUGGCAUUACCCUCUCACCAAUCCCUUUAUUCUUUCUUCUAUCCAUCCUCCUUUGUUUGUUUCUUGUCCCACUUUCAAACGCAAUUCUACAGGUUUUCUAAAAAGAUGCCUCUUAAUGCCCUCGGUAUAAUAUUAUAUAUAUGGAAUAGUUGAAGUGUACACAUGCUUUUCUUUAUAGCUGUCAUUUCUAAUGGUAUUUCAAAGGAAAUUGGUGUUUCAGAAAAUAAAGUUUCAGCAUUUA